AAUAGAAAAAAUACAGUACAAGAUAACCGCGGGAUGUCAGUUCGCGACGAGGAAAGAUGGGAUUAUUAACGGCUCAGAGCUGAGCGGAUCGUGAUUGAGGUGGGGCUUAGCUGCAUCUUUCUGAUACCCGGCCCGACGAGGAUCGCCCUCGAUCUCGAUGUGGGAGGGAACCAGGCGCCGGUUCCGGCCGGUGCCCGAGCAGCAGAGGAUGCAGACGCCGAUGCCGAUGGACCGGUCGCGGGUCGACGGCUUCACAAAAAGACGACACAUUCCCUCGUUCCCGCUGGAAAGCAAUGAGAAUGGAGAGGGCGGCGAGUCGAAAAACGGAUCCCCCGUGAAAGAUUUGGCUCAGAUCUCCGGGGCCCAGACGCAGCAAUUGCUGUCGCAGCAGAUCUCAACCAGUUCGACGACGACGACAAGUUCGAGUUCGCGCGUGGCCAAAUCAUCGCAGAAGAUUAUGAGCGCUUCGACGCUCAAGGCGAACCUUUCCGAGCUGAAGUCGAGCAUCUCGGAGAUGAAGAGCCUCAGCAGCUUCAACUCGAUGAAGAGCUCCGUCGAAGACUUGGUCGAGGAGUGCGAGUCGGACGUGUGCACAAGCCCGUGCGACGGCGAGCCCCUCGUCACAUUCCCGGACCAGGAAUCGCCCCCGGAGUCCGUACGGGCCAUGUCACCCGAGGCCAUGUGCCUCGGCCAGAAAAGAAACAAAAAAGUGCUUUCGGAAAGGUCAGUCGCCAAUUCUUUCGGGCUUAAGAGGAUGCAGUCCGGCGAGGUAACCUUCCAGGAGACACAGGCGCAGCAAAAAGUCUUGGCCAAACUCGAAAUGGACGGCGUCACCGCCGAGAAAUCAGUCAACAAACUUCAGGAACAGCGAUCGAUCAAAUCCGGAGAAGUCACCCAGCGUGAGUCCCAGAGCAGGAGCGCAGCCACGCUGAGACUUCAGAGUGGCACUUUCACAACAGAAAAGAAUAUGAUGGCUGCUCAACAGCAAAGCCAAACGAUAACUUCGACUGGUUUGGUAAACCAGGAAAAGCAUACGAGCCAUCAAAAUUACAUAUUUACCAAAGGGAUGAGCUCCAAAACUUCAGUGAUAUCUUCACAAAUGGUGAACAGUAGUCACCUUUUAAACGGUCAGAGCAAUUUGAAGAUGAUAGAAGAAGACCCUUUUCCUAUUUGCUUGGACGAGCUGGAGAAGCUGAGUUCCAAUUCGACGACGCAAGAAGUCGAAAACGCCAAAGCCAAAUACAGCGACCAGUUGUACGCGGCUGUGAAAACUGUUAAAAGCCUGAAAGGGGAAAACUGCAAAAAGAUCCCACUCGUGCUGAACAGGAUCAACGAGAUGAUCAGAAAGGCCUGGGAGGUGCCGACUCACGGGCACGACAUCGGUUCCACCCUCUGUAACUCGCUGCGGGCCAGCGGCGGCCUCGACUUCCUCCUCACCAACAACACAGACGACGAACAACAGUUCGCGAGUGCCAAACUGCUCGAGCAGUGCCUCACCUCGGAAAACAGGGACUAUGUCGUGUCCAACGGUCUCGAGAUGGUCGUCACCUCCGCCUGCGUCUGCACCAAAAAUUCCAAUUCCAUCGAACAUUCCCGGGUGGGGACCGGCAUCCUAGAACACCUUUUCAAGCACAGCGAAGGAACGUGCAGCGACGUUAUCAGACUCGGCGGUCUUGACUCGGUCCUCUUCGAAUGCAGGAAAAACGACGUCGAAACCCUCAGGCACUGCGCUGGUGCUCUGGCCAAUCUGUCUUUAUACGGUGGAGCAGAAAACCACGAGGCCAUGAUCAAGCGCAAGGUCCCGAUGUGGCUUUUCCCUCUCGCCUUCCACACAGACGACAACAUCAAAUAUUACGCGUGUUUAGCGAUAGUUGCCCUCGUCGCCAAUAAAGAAAUCGAAGCUGCCGUCCUCAAGUCGGGCACUUUAGACCUCGUAGAACCCUUCAUCACAACUCACAAUCCUUCGGAAUUCGCCAAAUCGAAUCAGGCUCACGCCCACGGACAGAGCAAGCACUGGCUCCAGCGGUUGGUGCCUGUGCUCAGCUCAAAGAGAGAAGAGGCGAGGAACCUGGCUGCCUUCCACUUUUGUAUGGAAGCGUGGAUUAAGAAACAACAAGGGAACACGGAACUCUUCAAGAACAUCGGUGCGAUCGAACCGCUGAAGAAGGUUGCCAGUUGCCCCAAUGCCAUCGCGUCCAAGUUCGCCGCACAAGCGCUCAGGCUCAUAGGAGAAGAGAUACCCCAUAAACUAAGCCAGCAAGUCCCUCUCUGGAGCACGGAAGACGUACGGGAAUGGGUCAAACAGAUAGGAUUUGCGGAGUACGCGUUAAACUUCACAGACAGUCGGGUCGACGGUGACCUUCUCCUCCAACUCACGGAAGACAAUCUCAUGUCAGACAUCGGAAUCACAAAUGGAAUCAGAAGAAAAAGGUUCACACGCGAGCUGCAGACUCUGAAGAAAAUGGCCGACUACAGCAGUCGGGAUUCUUCCAACCUCAACUCGUUCCUCCAGUCCAUUGGGCCAGAAUUUUCCGUCUAUACAUAUGCCAUGCUUAACGCUGGCGUUGACAAAGAGACUUUAAGGAGUUUGUCAGAAGAACAGCUAGUCAGUGAAUGUGGCAUAACUAACAGUAUUCACAGAUACCGAAUGCUUGAUUUGAUACGAGCAAACGAAAAUAACAUUGGGACAUCUUUCGAAGAGAACCUCGACAAAUCUCUCGAUGUGUUUAUCAGUUAUAGACGUUCGAAUGGAUCUCAACUUGCCAGUUUACUUAAGGUCCAUCUCCAACUCAGGGGCUUCUCGGUUUUCAUCGACGUCGAGAGGCUUGAAGCAGGAAAAUUUGACAACAACUUGCUCCACAGCAUUCGCCAAGCGAAACAUUUUAUCUUAGUUUUAACCUCCAGUGCGCUAGAUAGGUGCAUAGCGGAUGACGACUGCAAAGACUGGGUGCAUCGGGAAAUCGUAGCAGCACUACAAGCACAAUGCAACAUAAUCCCAAUUAUGGAUAAUUUCUCCUGGCCUGAUCCUGAAAAGCUCCCUGACGAUAUGAGAGCUGUCUGUCAUUUCAAUGGUGUAAUGUGGAUCCACGACUACCAGGACGCUUGUGUGGACAAGCUCGAAAGGUUUAUGAGGGGCGACCCGAUUUCAAGGUCGAUCACAGGGACGAGUCGGACAGGCGACAUGACACCAGGCACACCAUCCAUCAGUCACAAGCCGCCCUUCAACCGCAACCACUCAAACAUGAGUGCGGACGGUUCCGAGGGGAGUCGGGAAUGACUAGAAGGGCACGCCAGGUCUGCGCAAGAAAUCCGGGAGCCCCGCAGGGGUGAAUGCCUGGCGACCGCCCACCAGCCCGCAAAGCGCGAACCGAAGACACAACCAAAACCGAGCUGUUCAACCUCGCAAAUUUUCCAAUCAGCUCAGCAAUCGAUAUCCAUCCCGAAGCAGCAAUACCAGGGAGGAAGAUCUCUCUCAAAGCGCCGACGCGCUUUUAGACCUCCACUCCGACUUGCCAUCCCCACCGCAGCCAUCACCUCCUCCUCCUCGCCGGUCGCAUUCUGUCAAGGAGCUCACAACAGCUCAGGAAGCAACGGCGGAGGAAUCAACUCAAGAGGAUCAGGAUCGAGACGAGACGACUGGUUCUUUGGAAACGGUUUCAACGCUCGCGACGUCCUCGUUAAAAAUGAGAAAAAAGCGAAACUUUGUCGACCGAUGGACAAGCAAAGUGAGAUCGUUCAUGAAGAAAUAGAGACACGCAAAAAACACGCUAACAAAACGCUCAUCCAAGCUACUUUCGACAACUGGGAGCUUUCUGAAAAAAAAUCCAGAUCCCCUGAUACAAUUUUUCACCUUUAAUUAUGGACACUAUACCGUGCCUUUCGUUAGUGAUCACAAAAAUUCACUUUGCAUUAAAUUUAAAGAUUUGUAACACUGUUAAAAGUUGGGAUGAUUAUAAUUAUUAUGCUUUUAAUGUUACAAAAAAAUAUUGUAAAUACAAAAUGCCUUAUUUUUA